ACACCGAAUUAUAUUUAUAUCUGACAAUGGUUAGUCUAUUUAUAUAUAUGAGUGAUAAUCUGAAUCCAGUUUAAGUCAUGUAAGCAUAUGAAUACUGCAAAUUUUCACUUUAGCAUUAAUAAUUUCAGAAUGGUGUCUCGUUUAGACAAAAAUGUUGUUUUUUUGCAGAGUCUCUGCCAAAAAAUAGUAUUUCGAUUUGCUAAAAUGAAAUCUUCGCACUUUUUGUUAUUUUUUAAAUUUUUGCAGAAAAAAAAAUAGUUUGAAAUUAUUGAAAAUAGUUUGGAACGCGUUAAUUAUGUUUACCGAUAAAGUAUGCUCGACUUCGACACAUUUUCAAAUUUUACAAAGUUUGCGCGCUUGUCAUUUUUGUCAAAUGGUAGAUCAGAAAGAUAUUAUUGGCGAUUUGUGUUGACUAAUGUUAGUAGUUUAUAGAAAAGUUAAAGUCAUGUGCCAAUCAAGUGCCACGAUUUUGAAAUAAGCUUUCGAAGUUGACAUAUUUUGAGACGAUAUCCUUUAUCCGUUCAGGAGGGUCAAUAACUGCGCUGUUUUCUAUUUUAUACCAAAGAAUAAUGAUCUAAGUCAUAUCACCCACGAAAAUAGAAGGAUAAGUCUAUAUUUCUGAGCAAAAACUUUGAAAUUUAGGUAUGAAUUUGAUUUAAAAAAUAGCGCUGAAAAUAUGUCGAUAUUUGGCCUUCAUUCGGAGUAUCAAGUUGGUUACCAGUCGAUCGAACAUCAAUCGCCCCCAAAAAUAAUUUAAAGGAAAUUUGAGUAAAAUGACAUCGAUUUUAGUUGUUCCCAAGGAUAGAUCUUCAAAAUACUAGAGUAUGAGAGAAAUCUAUUUUUGAGCCCCAUAUUGACCUGGAGGUUUUUACGGAGACAGCCUCUUAAACAUUAAAAACUUCCCAUAGCCAUUUGCAAAAAAAGUAACCAGAUAACCGUUGAAUAUAUAAAAGUAUAAAACCGCAGUCCAUUGCCCAAUCAUAUGAUGGAAAUUCCAUAGGGAGGGUUAAUUUACACAUGGAUAUUCCAUGGACGGGGCCAAAUUUUAAAUGGAAAUUCCAUGGGGAAGGCCUAAUUUAAAAUGGAAAUUCCAUGCGCAAGGGUAAUUUUACAAGGAAAUUUCAUGUGAAGGGGUAAAUUUUACAUGAAAAUUUGCAGAAAUUCCAGGGGAGUACCGACGUGAGAAAGGGGUUCCUCAACAGGGGGUGCGGAUAAUAAUUGGAAUAGCCCAAUGUAAAAUUAUUCAAAACAAAACUUCAAAAUAUAAAAAUAACCUGACAUGGAAUAAAAAAUUUCUUGACAAUUUUUGAAUAUACUGAUACACCAGGAUACUGAAUACCAGGAGACUUUAUAUUGAUUUUUUAAGUGGACAGGAAGCUAGCUUGAUAAACUUAAGGGGUAAAGUCUGCCAGGAGCCACCAUCACAUUUUCAUGGUAAAACAAUUUGGAGGGGCAUGCCUCCUCUUUUUAAGUAGAGAGCAGGAGCUUAGGAAGCUAGCUUAAUAAACUUAAGGGGGUAAAGUCAGGAGCCACCAACACAUUUUCAGGAUCUAUAAAUAAUUGGGUGGGGGUGGGGUGGGGGUGGGUAUGCCCCCUCCUGCUUCUCAUGCUUCUGGGAGAGAGCAUUGCUACUUAUAUGAGCUAAGUACACUGUACACUAUAUUGCAUUAGACUAUUGUACAUUCUGUGUAAAUGCACAAGAAAAUCAUAGAAGAAAAAUUUGUCAAAUAGAAUAAUACAGUAGGUGUCCUGUUUCAGAUUUCCAUUAAAGAAUGCUGUACUUCUCCAAAAGUGGACAGUUGCAUCAAAAAAGGGCAACCUGAAAACCAACAAGCCAUUCUGUGCUUUGCGAGAAACACUUUAAACCAGAAGACUACAUCACAAAUACAAGUGAAUUGGCAGCACUCGAUAUUGACGAGGAAGUGAAGAAAGUCCUAACACCGACCAAAAAGUAUCUUAAACCUAAUGCAGUUCCAUCUAUAUUUGAAUUCCCUCCUCAUUUUCAGUCCACUGGUCAGAAUAUUCCACCAAGAAAACCUCCGGUAAAACGAAGAAUCUUCGAAACCCCUCCACCAAUCCUGUCCACCUAAAAAAGAAAAAACUGAGAAUAUUAAUAAUCAUGACCACCAUGGUUACUGCCAGCACCCAGAAAAAGAAAUUUCCCAGUUAAAAAAGAAGUUAACAAAAAAGAAUAAGAAAAUAAGGUUGUUGCGUGGCAAAACCAUUAGGAAAGAAAAGACGAUUAAAAAACUUGUCAAGAAGCUUGAAGAAGUGGAUCAUCUCACACAUGAACAAAGUGAGGCACUAACAACCAACUUUGGAGGAUUGACAAGGGAAAUUUUUAAAAAUGAGGCAAAAAAUGCAGAAAGGUCAGCUGGCACUCGAUACACAGAGAAAAUAAAACAAUUUUCAAUUUCGCUUCAUUUUUAUAGCCCAAAGGGAUAUCAGUUUGUGCGAAAGGCAUUCCACCUUCCAUCCUCCAGUACGAUAAGAUCUUGGGCUUCAUCUGUUGAAUGUGAAUCUGGAUUCCUAAAUCAAGUCAUUACCCACCUCCAAGACAAUCUUGAAGAGGACAACAAAGAUUGUGUACUGCUUGUUGACGAAAUGUCUAUAAAGAAGGAUGUUCUUUUGGAUGCUAAAACAAAAAAGUUUGUCGGGAAUGUUGACAAUGGGAAGAUUGUGGCAGAAAAACAAGAUACAACAGCAGAGAAUGCGCUUGUCGUCAUGGCAGUUGGCCUGAAACAGCCUUGGAGCCAUCCGAUUGCAUACUUUUUGGUAAAUGGAUUGACAUCAAAAACACAAACACAAAUAAUAAAGGAAUCAAUCAACCUACUAACCGAUGCAGGCUUGGAUGUACAUGCUGUCAUAUUUGAUGGCUGUUCCAAAAAUUUAGCGACAGCUAGAGGUCUUGGAUGCAAUAUAAAUGCUUUUGACGGAUCAUUUCCACACCCAUCUAGACCAAACAAACUGCUCUAUGUGAUCCUUGACGUUUGCCACAUGUUGAAGUUAGCGAGAAAUGCCCUGGGAGACAAAGGCAUAUUUUAUAUCAAUGACCAACCGUCCAUAUUCUGGCAGCUCAUCACAGAGCUGUACAACACACAGAAAGACGAUGUUUUACACCUAGAAAAUAAAUUGAAGAGUAAGCACAUUCAUUGGCACAAUGUAAAAACGAAAGUUGCUGUGGCAGCACAGACACUAAGCAACUCGGUUGCAUCUGGUAUCGGAUAUUUGAAGGCAAUUAGCAUACCGAAGUUUCAAGACAGUGAUGAAACUUCACAGUUUGUUGAGAAUAUUAACAAUAUUUUUGACAUUUUAAAUUCAAGAAGCAAGUUUGGAAGGCACUACAAGAGUCCAAUAAUAGGGGCGGAUCUAGCUUAAAAUGUGACCGUAUCAUAUUCCUAGGUCUCGCAUAACUAGGGGGGUCCGGGGGCAUGCCCCCCCGGAAUUGUUUUGAAAUUUGAACCCCGGAAAUGCCAUCUCCUGCGUUCUGAGCCCAUGAUUCUGGCCUAAAAUUUGGCCUUAACAAGGUCAUAUUUUAAACACAAAGUAACAAAAAAAACACACAAUAACAUUGGUAUCAGUGUUCAAGUUUCUGUUUCAUGAAACGUGGCCUGGGGCGUUUUGACAUAGAAAAGUCGGCUUUCGCGACUGAGUAUAUUAAUAUUCUCGGCCGGUCCCUAUUUAAAUUAAUAACAUAUUGCACGCGCAAUGCCGCAAUAUGACUUUACAGAUUAAUAUCUUCGGUUAGGCGAAUGCUAUGAAAACAAAAAUACUACCGUUCGGUUCAUUGAAAGAAUAUCUCCUAAUUCCUAACGAUAGUUUUAGUCAAUAUAGCGAUUUAUGAACUUUGAGAGGUCAAGCAAUAUCAUAUAUUUCACUAUAUUACUCUUUUCUCGAACAAUGUAAACUAGCCAUACCUUUCGCCGAACAUAACUUCGGACAUAUCCUUUUCGUAAUAGUCUUGUUGUAAUUGGCAUCCAAUACACUAUUUAUAAAGUGUUAUUUCAAGGACGUCUUCUGAAAUUAUGUAAGGCCAUCACUAACUCACUCAGUUACGUUAGAUGAAAUGCGGCUGUUAGCAAUAUGAGACGAAGUUUCCGAGCGGUCACGAUUAUUUAAUUUCUUGCGCAAUCAAAAUACAGCCACAGUAUCGGAGGGUAUCCGACGUCAUAGAUACAUGUCCUGUGAUUGGCUGGAUACCCUCCAAGGUAUCCAAAUACCUCAUUAAGUUACUAUUUUUAGUAACAUUUGAACCGCGGACCGUAUCAGAACACCGCAGACGCAUUUGAAAACAUUUUCCCGAUCGGGUUACGUAACGUCGCGUUAUGCCUUCGGAAAGCUCUCGGCUCAUCUUCGUCGAAAGUAAUUCAAUGCUUUAAAAACACGUCUAAUGUUACAUUUAGAGUUGUAAAUUUAAAAAUUUACGAAAGAAUUUGCCCUCGUUCAUCUUAGUAAACUCAAAUUUUCACUACUUUUGUAAACAGAAAUGAAUUGCGUGAAAAUAUAUUAAUAUUGAAUUUUCCCCCAAAACUAUUUUAGUAUGCACAAUCGGAAAAAUCUGACCGUAUCUUGAGCUACACUCGAUACCCCCUGGAUCCGCCCCUGCUGAAUAAUAUUGGAAAACAUUGAUGACUACUUGGAGGAGUACCUUAACGAGAUUAAUAGCUACCUUCAACAACUAGAAGAUCCAGAGGGUGAGAAAUUGGUGAAUGGUCCCAGAAAAACAUUUGUUUUGGGAUUUGCAGUGUCAUCAAGAUCGAUCAUUGCACUAGCUAGAAGACUAUUGGAAAGGAACUACAAUAAGUUUGACUAUCUUCUCACUUACCGCUUCUCACAGGAUCAAAUAGAGAUGUACUUCAGCAAAAUCAGCAUCACGGCAUUACGCACAGUGCUACAAAAGAAUCUCAUAACAGCACCGACAACAGGCAACUGCACCAAUGUCACGGAGAAACCAGAGAAAGAGCUGGAACCCGACAAGAGAAUCCUGCAAUUGCUCGACAGUUCCCCAGUAUGGCGUGAUGAUGUCCAUGGUUACAUUGGGGGUACAUAGUGAAACAGCUCAUUCCAUCCUCGAAAUGUGUUGAAUGUCUUGAUGCCUUGGUCGCCGAAGACAGCAACCAAGUUCCAGAUCACUGUUCCUACACCUGCACAUCGCCCUACAGUCCAAACAAGUUAAUUUCCCUGAAGAGUUAUGGUAUCUUGAUAGUCCCUUCACAAUCGGUUGUGAAAGUUGUCCAGGUCACCGAUAAAAUCCUUCGAGAAAAGCUCCACCAGUGGCAUCUAAUGCAGAAGAAAACCCUUCAAGAGAUCAAGAAACAAGUCCUGCAGGAGACCAAGCCGUCCACCUUCAUUGAGCUACAGCAGCACUCACGAGAAUGCCACAUCCUUGAUGAAAAUCUGCGCGAUGACCAUAUCACCACGCUCGUCCACGGCAUUUCAGACCUGUACGUGAAGAUAUUCAUCCACCGCUUUGGAAAGAUAUACUCGGAAAAGAUAGUUCGUGGCGGACAGCCUUCAAAGAGACAAAAACUGAACAAACUUAUCCUCUUUGGGAACGAUUAA